AUGCACCAUGGCAUGGGAGUGUCAGCGGGCGAUCGUCGCUGCGGCCAAAAUACCGGGAUGCAGCCGAGAAACGGUGUUUGCGACAAGAUCGAGAAUUAUAUAUCGGAGCUGGGACAGUGGGCGGUAUGGAGAGCCAUAAUAAUGGGACAAUUCCUGUCCCUGGUGCUGUGUUUCAUGACCCUCGCGAAUCACCAGAUCAACACCACGUAUCAACUCUCCCUUCCGACCGGACAGAAUCUUCCGCAUUACGUGAUGAUGUGCCUUGUAUACACAACCUGGAUGUCCUGCAGAGGGGUGGGGAACGGCCUAAUUUCGGUCAUAAGAGCCCGUGGAUGGAGGUACUUGUUGUUGGCACUCAUUGACGUCGAAGCAUGCACACUUGUAACAUCCUCGCAUCAAUUCACCAGCCUAGCUAGCAUACAGCUACUCGACUGUGUCGCCAUACCAGUCGCGCUGGCAUUGUCCUGUUUAGUUCUGGGGGUAAGGUACCGAAUGGUGCACAUCGUCGGCGUUUCCGUUUGUUUGAUGGGGGUGGGAUGCUUGGUUUGGGCGGGAAUCGAUGACAAUAAGGACCCUGCAUCGACAGGAAAAAAUCAACUUGUCGGUGAUAUGCUGUGCCUGGGUGGCGCGGUAUUGUUUUCUAUCACCACGGUGCUUCAGGAAUUAGCGGUUAAGACCGUCGAUAUCAUCGAGUAUCUGGGCAUGAUCGGUUUCUUCGGCACGAUACUGAGCUGCAUGCAGACGGCUGUGUUGGAGAGCCUGAAACUGGAAUCAUUUCAUUGGAACAAUGCGCCGGUGAUCACGUGCAUGGUGGUGUACUGUAUCACGCAGUUUGUGUUUUUCUCUUUGGUGCCUGUCAUAUUGUUCGAGUCGGGCGCGACGGCGCUGCAAUUGGCGUUGCUCACCGCGGACUCUUUCAAUGUUUUAUCUGGCAUGUUGAUCCACCAAUACAAGUUUCACGCAUUAUAUUUCGUCUCAUACACGCUGACAAUGACCGGUAUAUACAUCUACGCGAUAAAGAGAACGCCGAUAUCGGCGAACUCGCGGAGACAGCACAUUGAACCCCCUGCUCCGGAUUACAGACACAUGUCUCAUCCCGACGUUGGUGAGGCAGAAACGGCGACGAGUUCAGGAAUGUCCGCUGUAAGUGGCAUCUUGGACAUAAGGGGGCCAUCCUCCACACUGGGCAACGAAAGGGAAACAAUGGAGUCGACGAGUUUGCCACCAAGUGUCAGCUCUGACACGGCCUUCACGUCCUUCUACGGGAGUUAUUACGACUGA